AUGGCUGGGAAGGAGGCCCCCACCCAAGGCACCACGGCUCCGGCGCGGGCAUCCGGACGCAGGGGCAAGACGCCGGAGGAGGAGGCGGAGGAGGAGGGGGACCACGAUGGCAGCUACAGCGGCGGCGUGCGCAGCGAGAGCGAUUAUGGCGAGGAUGAGUUCAGCGGUGACUCCUUCUCCGACGACGACGAUCACGACGAUGCCGCGGACGAGGCCAUCGUGGUGGAGCGCGACGGGAAGUUUGAGUUCCUGAGUGGCUCCACUUCAGCCCACGGCGGCGGCGGUGGCAGCGGCAGCGGCAGGAAUGGGGAAGAUGGCCACGCACAGCAUGGACAGCAGCAGGAAGUGGAGGAGGUGGUGGAGCAGGAGGAGGAGGAACGGCGGCUGAGAGAGGAGGAGAGGCGACGGGAAUGUGAGGCUGCCUUCCACAAGUGGCUGCAGCGCAAGCAGCAGCAGCAGCAGGAGCAGCAGCAGCAGCAGGAGCAGUCCGAGAAGGAGCUCAGGUCUUGCCGGCGGCCGCCACCGCAGGGCCCCUCGGUGUCGGCGUGGCUCCGCCAGAAGAGCGCCCAGCGGCGGCACCAGCGGGAGGAGGAGGAGGAGCGGCGCCGGCAGUGGCACGGCGGUGACGGUGGUGGUGGUGGCGGUGAUGGUGGCGGUGGUGGCGGUGGCGGUGACGCUCUGAGUCACCAGUGGGCGCACGGCGGCGAGCGGUCACCGACACGCGAUCCUGAGCGCGCGUUCCGCACCUGGCUCCGCGGCAAGCGGCGAGAGCGCCAAGCGGAGCUCCGCGCCCAGGCGGAGCUCCUCCGUGCCGUCUCCACGGAGGCCAGGAGGCAGCGCCGCCACCGCUGCCGCUGCUGCUCCUCCACCUCCUGCAGCGCCACCGCUGCCGCUGCACCAGCGGCCACGCGGUGACGGAGGCCGCCACCACCGCCACCACCAAGACCACCACCGCCACCACCACCACCACCAGGCUGAGACACUGAGACACAGAG